CGGUACUCGACGAGUUAAAUACAGGACAAGUUAAAAACAUCAAGAAAACAAUGAGAUCCGCAUUGUGUUACACUUUUUUUGUUUUUGUUUUGUUAUAUACCACAACGCGAGUCACUGCGAACCCACUUUCAGAUCAAGCUAUAAAACGAAUUAAUUCAAAACAAAAGACUUGGACAGCUGGCAGAAACUUCCCGGCACAGACAUCGAUGACAUACAUUCAUAAUCUUGCAGGAACUCUGAAAGAUGAUACCCAACGAAAUCUACAAAUACUAAAGCAUCGUAUUGAUCUGAUAGAUAAUUUGCCAAAUUCCUUCGAUCCGAGAGACAAAUGGUUGAAAUGCAUGUCUUUGAACGAAAUCAGAGAUCAGGGCGCUUGUUCUAGUUGCUGGGCUUUAGGUGCAGUGGCAGCGAUGACUGAUCGAUACUGUAUAUUCUCAGAGGAGAAAAAACAGUUUCAUUUCUCUGCCGAGGAUUUGAUUAGCUGUUGUGAAACUUGUGGACUGGGAUGUGUUAAAGGACUUCAUAUAGCGGCUUGGAUAUACUGGACAAGGCUCGGACUUGUAUCAGGAGGCAAUUACAACUCGAGUCAAGGCUGCAAACCCUACAAUAUACCACCAGGAGAAAAUUACGUGACCGAAGAGUUGUCACCUUUAGGCCGAAUAGUUGAUAUAUCGCAAUGUUUGACGUUCUGUGACCCCAGUUACAACGUCGCAUAUCGGGAUGAUAAACGCUAUGGUGAGAGAGUCUACCUUAUAGAACGUAAUGAGAAUCAGAUAAAAAUUGAACUAUUUUGCAACGGACCCGUAGAGGGUGUAAUGGAAGUUUAUUCAGACUUCCUCAAUUACAAACACGGGGUUUACAAUUAUACAGAAGGUGAGUCAAUAGGUCACCAUGGGGUUAAAAUUAUGGGCUGGGGAGAGGAGCACGGCCACAAAUAUUGGCUGGUAGCUAACUCUUGGGGCAAAGAUUGGGGUGAUGAAGGUUUCUUUAAAAUUCUACGCGGAGUAAACCAUUGUGGUGUUGAGGAGUCUAUAGUCGCGGGUGAACCGAUAAUAGUUUGAGUUUGAAAAACUUGUCGAAUUAUUCUGGAGACACCAAAAAAAUGCUUCGUCCUAUUAAUGAUUAACACAAUGCUUUCAGAAUCUCUAAAGUACUAUACAUUAUACAUAACAUGAUACAUUAUUAUACGA